AUGUCCAAAUUUGUUAUUCCUACUGCCUUGAAAGAGUUGAGAUUCCACUUGUCACAAACCGGGGAAGCUUCCGUGCCCUUGAGAAAGUUUUUGACCACCAACUACCCAACUUUGAAGAAGGCACAACCAUCCUUGCCAAUUUUGAUCAGAGAAGCUUAUGGUGUUCCACCAACCGUCACUGCCAGAUUUGAACAAGGUAGAGAAGUUAAGACGAGUUUGGAAGGUUUGGACAACAAGGGAAUUGAAUCCUCCUUGGCCAAGUUGUUGAAGAAUUAA